AUGUUUUGGCCAUCGGAAUCAUCUAUUCAUAUCUAUCUAUCUAUCUAUCUAUCUAUCUAUCUAUCUAUCUCACUCUGUUCCUAUGUAUCUAGCUAUCUCACUCUGUUCCUAUCUAUCUAUCUAUCUAUCUAUCUAUCUAUCUAUCUAUCUCACUCUGUCCCUAUGUAUCUAGCUAUCUCACUCUGUUCCUAUCUAUCUAUCUAUCUAUCUAUCUAUCUAUCUAUCUAUCUAUCUAUCUAUCUCAUUCUGUCCCUAUGUAUCUGGCUAUCUCACUCUGUUCCUAUCUAUCUAUCUAUCUAUCUAUCUAUCUAUCUCUCUCUCUCUCUCUAUAUAUAUAUAUAUAUAUAUAUAUAUAUCUGUUCCUAUGUAUCUAGCUAUCUCACUCUGUUCCUAUCUAUCUAUCUCACAGUUCGUAUCUAUCUAUCUUUCUAUCUAUCUAUCUAUCUAUCUAUCUAUCUAUCUGUCUGUCUGUCUGUCUGUCUGAGUCUGUUCAUAUAUCUCAAUCUAUCACCCUAA